AUGGCUCCACACACUGACCAACAGCAUCCCUCUGGAAGAAGCUCCAAGGUCCCCGCGGUGUGGAGCCUCAGACGCCAGUCGGCGAGACGUCCUUCCAGAAGGGUCCGGCGGAGGCGGGGCCAACAAGCCAAGGUGGCGAUACGCCGUUUAAAUUUUAACCAGCUUCUGCCAGCCCUAAUUGACGUUUGAUUCCAAGGUCCAUAGAUGGUGUUAUGAAGAAGAGUGAAAGCUUCUCCUGAACAGAUACGCCUGGACACUCCGACCGGACAGGAGCUCCAAAGGUGUCAUGUAAGGUAGAUCCAGCCAAUCCUCCAGCCUGAUGGCAUCCACCACGGGGCCCCCCACUUCAUCCACCACUCUGGCAGGGGGCUCGGCCUCCGCGCAGACUCUGCCCGCCAUAGACAUCGUGGUGCUGGUGGUCUACUUCCUGCUGGUGCUGGCGGUGGGCUUGUGGUCCAUGUGGCGGACCCAGAGAAGCACCGUCGAUGGGUAUUUUCUGGCCGGGAAAAACAUGUCUUGGUGGCCGGUGGGGGCGUCGCUCUUUGCCAGUAAUGUGGGCAGCGGGCACUUCAUUGGGCUGGCGGGGUCAGGGGCUGCGGCCGGCAUCAGCCCCACCAGCUACGAGUGGAACGGUCUCUUCAUGGUCCUGCUCCUGGGCUGGGUGUUCCUGCCCAUCUACAUCACCUCGGGGGUCACAACCAUGCCUGAAUACCUGCAAAGGAGGUUCGGUGGCAAGAGGAUACAGCUGUUUAUCGCCGUUUUGUAUUUAUUCGUUUACAUCUUCACUAAGAUAUCGGUGGACAUGUAUGCCGGUGCAGUGUUCAUCCAGCAGGCCCUGCAGUGGAAUCUCUACCUGGCAGUGGGUCUCCUCCUGCUCAUUACAUCCCUGUACACCGUGGCAGGGGGGCUGGCAGCCGUCAUCUACACGGACGCCGUGCAGACCCUCGUCAUGUUCAUGGGGGCCAUCACCCUCAUGGCAUUCAGUUUCGUAGCGGUCGGAGGCUGGGAAGCUCUUCUCAGUGGCUAUGGCGACGCCAUUCCCAGGAUCCGCUACCCCAACAGCAGCUGCGGCCUCCCACGCCAGGACGCCUUCCACUUGUUCAGGGACCCACUGACCUCGGAUCUGCCCUGGCCGGGGAUGCUGCUGGGCAUGUCCGUGCCUUCCCUCUGGUACUGGUGCACGGAUCAGGUGAUUGUCCAGCGCUCUCUAGCUGCUAAAAACACACUGCAUGCCAAGGGCGGAUCACUGCUGGCCGCCUACCUGAAAGUGGCACCCUUCUUCAUGAUGGUCCUUCCAGGGAUGAUAAGCAGGAUACUGUUCCCGGAUGAGGUGGCCUGCGGAGAUCCAGACGUUUGCCGGGCCGUGUGUGGGAAUCCGGUGGGAUGCUCGGACAUCGCCUACCCCAAGCUGGUGAUGGAGCUGCUGCCCUCCGGUCUCCGUGGCCUCAUGAUGGCUGUGAUGAUCGCCGCACUCAUGUCCUCCCUCACCUCCAUCUUCAAUAGUUCCAGCACAAUCUUCACCAUGGACCUGUGGAGGCACCUACGCGUCCGGGCCUCUGAGUGGGAGCUGAUGCUCGUGGGCAGGGUGUUCGUCCUGGUGCUUGUGGCUGUCUCUGUGCUGUGGAUCCCCGUGGUUCAGGCCAGUCAGGGAGGCCAGCUCUUCAUCUACAUUCAGGCCAUCAGCUCGUACCUGCAGCCACCCAUCGCCGUGGUCUUCUUCGCCGGCUGCUUCUGGAGGCGAGCCAAUGAGAAGGGCGCCUUCUGGGGCCUGGUGGUGGGCUUGCUGGCUGGUUUCAUACGGAUGGUUCUGGACUUCGUGUAUCCAUUGCCGCCGUGCUAUGAGGCUGACCUGAGGCCCUCCGUGGUCAAAUAUGUGCACUACUUGUACUUCUCCAUCAUCCUGACUCUGCUGACCAUGGGUGUGGUCGUGGUCAUAAGCCUGGCGACAGACAGACCCCCUCCCGGGCAGAUUGAUGGUCUCACCUGGUUCACGAGAACCCAGAGGAUGGGGAAAAGCAGCGGGAAUCCGGAGGUGGAAGACGCCUCAGACAUGGAGACGCCCGUCGGCAAAACUGGCGAGAAGGAGCCAGAACGAAACGCCUCAGGCUUUCCCUCAGUGUCACGCAGUGAAUCACACCUUGACGUUAUGGCAGCAGAUUCCAGCUCUGAGGGGCAUGCCAGAAGCCAUUCCAAACUCACCGGCGCCAUCUUGUGGCUGUGUGGGAUGGAUAGACCUAGGAAGAGCAGCGGUGCCCGGCAGGUGCCCGUGGACAUGCCCACCUGCUCCCUGGAGGAAAACCCCCUAAUGAGCCGCUUCAUUAACGCCAACCUGGUUGUGUGCAUGGCCGUGGCGGUCUUCCUGAUUGGCUACUGGGCCUGACAGGAGUGGGCCACCAGGGGCAAGAGGCUCACCCUCUGGCUGUCGGCUGCCGGGAGAAACUCAUGUAAACACGUAUCUGCACUUCCAUCUGGGGACUGUGUUUCUAUCAUACUCGCACCACGCUGAGAUGCAGGCAGGGGGCGCUAUUGUCAGCCAGCAACUGUAAACAACCUCUUUAAAAUCACUGCUGUAUGGUAGAACACAAGCAUCCGUGCAGAAUUGUGCAGUAUGAUAACAUCACAGAUCAGAUCGACACAUCUAACCCCUAGGAAGAACUACCCACCAUGCAUCUCAGUGUGUGUGCAAAGUAUCCAGAAUCUUCUAAUAAUUGUGCAAGUUGAUGCAGGUGUCAGAUAAAGAUUUUAUUUAACAGUGAGUUUUAUAUUAUUUCCGGUUAGUCUUACUCUCUGAUGUACUGUGGUUGUUGUUGUU